AUGAGCGCCUAUCCACCAGAAAUUAUAUAUCGGGAGCUAAAAAUCGACGAUUUUCCCAGUUUACGCGAAAUUGGUCACCAAUGUCUACCACUACCCUAUCCCGACACAUAUUGGCUUAGAAUAGCUAGUGAUGCAAACAAUUACUAUUCACUUGGCGCCUACAAUAAACAGCAAAAACUUGUUGGUGUCAUAGGAGUGAUUAGAUAUGCAAAAAAUUACUUUUCUGGUAGGCUUCUGAAUCCUGACGAACAAAAAUUAAUCGAUUCGUAUAGCAAGGUAUGUUAUAUCACAACAUUAAUGGUCGCACCUGAUUGUCGUAAGAAAGGCAUUGCCACACAACUUCUACAACGUGCUAGUACCGUACUACUACAGGAAGGCCGCCAUCUCUUGUAUCUACAUGUUUUACAUUCGAAUGUGCCAGCAAUACGACUUUACGAGAAAAUGGGCUACGAAAAAGUUACAGUCAUAGCAGACUACUAUACUAUAGAUGGACAAAAACAACCCGGUGUGGUAUACUGCCGCCGGUUAGUCGCACCAAUGUGUCACGAAUGUAUUACGAACAAUGUUGGCAGCUGUACAAUCUUGUGA